AUGGAUCUGGAGUACAAAUUACGAAAAGAAGACUUUGUAGCCAAUCUUUCAGGAGGCUCGCUAUCAGAAAUUACAUGCGUUACUUUGGUCGCUCCAGCAGCUGUUUUACUCUGGUCUGCCCUUCACUCGCGACGGAACUUCUUUGCACCGUAUGGGCCAGCUGCAUUUUUCACCGACUUUUUGCUCAAUGUUGGAGCAAUUCUCUUUUCCAUGACAGCAUACUCGUCUGCGCCAGCGCUGCUCAGUUUACUUCUAAUCCUUCCUGCUGCUCUUAUCUCGUCUUUCUCAAAGCCACUGGCAGCAACAAGAAAAUCGAGUGUAUCCUCCACGAAGGCCAAUGGCAAUGUACCCAACCCGUCUCUGGUGGCGUCUAGUGCGUUGCCUGUCCAGGGCUUUUUAACCACUUAUCGAGGUGCCAUGAUGGUCGUUACCUGUAUCGCUAUUCUAGCCGUCGACUUCCGAGUGUUUCCCAGGCGUUUCGCCAAGGUAGAAAACUGGGGAACUUCAUUAAUGGAUCUUGGAGUUGGCUCAUUCGUCUUCUCAGCCGGAGUUGUCUCUGCUCGCUCUAUCCUGAAAAGCAGGUUGGAUGCAACGAAGAGACCAGCAAGUUCCUUCGUCAGUCGUUUAAUGUCUUCAAUCCGGCAUUCAAUUCCCCUUCUUGUUCUUGGUCUCAUUCGUCUGUAUACCGUCAAAGAAUUAGAUUACGCCGAACACGUGACAGAGUAUGGUGUGCACUGGAACUUUUUCUUCACUCUAGCAUUCUUGCCGCCAUUUGUCGAACUUGCUGAUGUCCUCACUACCUACGCUAUACCUUCCUACGAGAUGCUGUCCGUACUGUUCGUGCUGGUAUAUGAGAUCGUAUUGUCCAACACGACUCUGAAACAGUACAUUCUCGUCUCACCACGUGGACCUGACUUGCUCUCCAAGAAUCGAGAAGGUGUCUUCUCCUUCAUUGGUUAUCUCUCCAUCUUCCUUGCUGGUAGAGGAACCGGCAUGACGGUCAUACCCGGAAUUAGAGCGCAACAGUCAAAAGGUACGAAGCCAGUAACAGCGAAAGAGCUGGCUUGGAAAGCACGGAAAUCCCUGAUCCAAAAGCUGGUGAUUCAAUCAGCAUGUUGGUCGCUUCUGUUCGCCUUCAGCACUGCUUAUUUUGGGCUUGGUCUAAGAGUAUCUAGGCGUCUGGCGAACCUUCCGUACGUACUUUGGAUCAAUGCAUUCAACAACGCACAGCUACUGCUCUUCUGUCUCAUCGAGACUGUAUACUUUCCGGAGGCAUACAGAACCCUGCCCUCUGCAGUGGCCACCAGGUCGGCCAGCGUAAUCAUGCAAGCUUUCAACAAGAACGGACUUGCGGUCUUCCUGGUUGCAAAUCUUAUGACCGGAUUGGUUAAUCUUAGCUUGAACACUCUCGACAUGACCUCAUUGGGCGCAAUGGCUGUCUUAGUGGGAUAUUCAGCGUGUGUUACUGGCGUCGCAUUGCUUCUGGAUAGGACGGGCAUCAAAAUUAAGGUCUAG